AUGUUACGCAGAGGCUCAGGAGUACCGCUUGACCUGGGAUCAUGGCAAGCUCCCCGUUUCUACAUCUAUGAGGCAGGCGAGGUUACAGGUGUUCCUAAAGACUUGCUGUGCAUAAAAGAGUGCGCAUGGGGACCGGCUGCAGCUCAGGUGGGCCCUGCCCCAGUUUUUCUAGGGAAGCAUCUCGAGCUCCAGGCGACACAGGCAAACAGAACCCCCCUGCGAGGGCGCAAGACGAUCGAACUUGGGGCUGGUUGUGGGCUCGUAUCUAUGGUGGCUGCCCUUCUAGGGGCUGACGCCCAUGCAUGCGAAGACAGCGGACCCACUUUGGCUCUGUUGCAGCAUAACGUUGCUACGUUUAACUCCGAGUUCACCAGGUGUUCUCCGAUCCGAGCCUGCGAAUUCCCAACUUGUGACAAUUUACGGAACCAUUUUGACAUUCUCUUUGUAACUGACCUCCUAAACAGCCCCAGCGCUAGGAUUAAGACUCUACAGUGUCUCCUACAUCUCCUUGGCCCGAAGACGGAUGGAUCUAUUGAUAUAUUCUCUGUCAAACCGCCUGACGAUGUCAGUGAAAGUGUCUGGAGGUCCAAGGUGAAAGGCCUUGAAAACGGGAACUCUGACGUCAACCCCUCGCCGAUAGAAGCAACAGGAGCAACGGUCCGAGAAGCCGCUGCCCUCUGGUCAGAAAAGGAGGACAAUGACGGGAACACUGCAUCUCUCAGCAGCUACAGCACUCUUUCGAGCGUGCGAGGAGGGGUCCAGCUUGCACCGUUUCGAUCUUCAUCCGAGGUUCUCACCAACGCAGAGCAGCAAGCCCCUGGAGAAGGGAUUCAACAGAAGUUGGAGAGCCUGUCCCGGAGCGAAACUGCGGAAUCACGCCCUGCAACGGUUUUAGAUCCAGCAACAAGAUCCGGUACAAAUGCAUCAUCAAGGCCCGGACUGCUACGUAAUCUGUCGCAGCCUGUGCUACAUCACCUGCCCCUCGAACACACUAAUACAGCAGCAAAACCAAAGUCGUCAAAUACAGCCCGAAACGGAGCACCAGCAGCCACAGUUUCUUCGCUUGAGCCCGCGCCUUCUGCUGAUGGAAAACAGAAGCGGCCGAUGACGAGCACAACAGCAAAAGCCGAUGCAAGUGGUGGGGGGCCACGCAUGCGGCAACGCAUGCUCGUUAAUAAUGAUGAAAGUCCUAACAAGAGAAAACUAUCGGCGACGGCUUCAAAUGGGUCCAUAUCGCUUCGUUCUACGAAGGGCCGGGGAAGCCCCUGUCCAGCAUCCCCGUUUCAAACACUACAAGCGACAGCAGCAGCUGCAGUGAAGCCCACAGCACCAGUGCAGGGGAAGAUACUGCCUAGCAAGCUCAAAUCUACGCCCCCGGAAUGCAACGGUGAAAAGCAGUACACCUCCUCUGCAACAGCUUCAAAGACAGCAGGAAGAGCAGCAGCAUUUCAACGGGCAACCACAGCACGGUUGAAUUCUACGGCGACGGGGACAGCAAAUCUUAGGAAGAAUUCAGCAGAUAAGACUUCAGCGGACGGCACAACUGAUCCACUGGAACCAGCAAUAGUGAGAGGGGCAACAACAGAAUCAGUAGUUGCAGCAAAAUCUGCAGUGCAAAAAGUCUCAAAGCCAGCACGGCCACCCACAAGUUUACCACCAACACAGCAAUACCAUAAGCGCCUUGGGCCCCUGACUCCUGGUUGGGGUGCUCCUAACGUUCAACCGAGGCGACCAACAGCAGAAGGAUCACCAACAGCUACCCAGGAGGCCACUGCUGCUUAUACCCAUCUCCGUUCUGGGAGGAAGAGCUCGCUUGUAAAUGCAACAAAUACACCUGGAGCAACAGCAACAGCUGCAUCAACAACCGCAGCAGCUGCAACUGCACUACACCAACAGUUAACACCGGGGUCUGCCUUUGCAUUGGAUAGAUGCACUGCACCCCGAACGGGAGGGUCGCACCCAAUGCUGAAGGCCGCUUCUGUUGCUGCCGCAGGGCCCACCUCGCGGUUAGUGUCAGGAGCUGGGUCAGGGGUGAGCCAGUAUCCUUCUAUUUCGAGUGGAGGCUCUCCUAGGAUUUCCAGUGCAACAGUGGCGGCCCCUAGGCCCGUAGUUGGGCCAACGCAAGCUGAUAAUGCUGUUGCCGGGAGCGCUAAAACAACUCCUGCAGUGGCCUACCAGCCAACAUCUGCUACGGGAGGGGAAGCGAAAGCAGCUGCGGUUGCAACAGAGGCCCGAGAAAAGCCUGACAAACCUCGGGGUCCUGUGGAAGCAAAACGCAGUGCGGUAUCUGGAGGAUCCAACACAGCAACUGGACCGCUGGGAGCCAGAUUGGUGUCUCGCCUUUCUGGUCUUUUCAAGAGGUCCGGAAGUAAGGAAACCGAUAAUAAGUUGAGACGCCUACGGGGUCUUUGA